GAAGCCCUCGCUUCCGGUGAAGCCUCCUUUUCGGCAGCGGCUAUAUCCUCGCCAACAUGCCACUCGCAAAGGACUUGUUGCAUCCAUCCCCUGAGGAGGAGAAGAGGAGGCACAAGAAGAAGCGUCUCGUCCAGAGUCCAAACUCCUACUUUAUGGAUGUGAAGUGUCCAGGAUGUUACAAGAUCACGACGGUGUUCAGCCACGCUCAGACCGUGGUGCUGUGUGUGGGCUGCUCAACAGUUCUCUGCCAGCCCACUGGAGGCAAAGCGCGUCUCACAGAGGGGUGCUCAUUCAGGAGGAAGCAGCACUAGCUGUUGUCCCUGGAGCUGAAAAGGGAGAGGAGGGGACGGACCGGUGGAUGUCAGCGUCUUGACCCAGC